AGCCUAGCUGGAUUGCCGCGUCGCCUGUGCGGUGAAUCAUGUAGACCUGGAUGCACAAAUUCCGCAGAAAGGACGAGAACGAGAGAGAUUCCGUGUUUGGCUUGCCGUUUUCCGCGGUGAUCAGUCGGUCCCUCGUGUUCCUCUUGCAUUUUCUCCGGGAGAACUAGAAGGAGAUCUUAGCAUUUUUUCCCUAGUCUGCUUUUUGUCGAAGCCGACAUUUUUGCGCGUCUCUCGCUGUUUACCAUUUGAGCUCUCGGUUGUUUAGGGAGGAUUGAUCCUGCAGCCGCUCAGUUAGUCGACUUAUUUCGAGCCACAAACGGAGUCAGUUCACUGGUCUGCAAUUCCCCGUUGCAGACCGACUCUCUAGAAGCGAUACGAGUCGUCGCUGCAUUCGAUCGCUGCACUCCGUCGCUCUCCGCCCUUCAUAGACAGGGUCGAAUUCCUCUCGCAUCUGCGUCAUAUUCAGCUGUGACUAUAGCCCGUGUGACCCGUUCGACAGCGGCAUAACCAUUUGUAGUAUGUCGUCAUCUAACGAGGCGCCAUGGGUGGUGGGCGUGACGGCGCGCGCGCCGAGCAACAUCGCGGUGAUCAAGUACUGGGGGAAGCGCGACGAGGCGCGCGUGCUGCCGCUCAACGGCAGCGUCAGCGUGACGCUCCACGUCGACCAGCUGUCGGCCGAAACCACCGUCGCCGUCAGCCCAGCCUUCACGGCCGACAGACUAUGGCUCAACGGCAAGGAGGUCCCGGUGAGCAGCCACCGUUACGAGAGCUGCCUCGCUGCCCUGCGAUCGCGAGCCUCCACCACGCAGUGGGUGCUGCCUCCCCCACAAGGGACAAACGCCCCCGCGGCAGAGCAAGGGAGCAGCAAGCAGCAGGUGGUGGAGAUUGGUGCAGAGCGGUGGCAGCAGCUGCGCGUGCACGUGGUGUCGGCCAACAACUUCCCCACCGCUGCUGGCCUUGCCUCCUCUGCUGCUGGCUUCGCGUGUCUGGUGUUCGCCCUGGCAGAGCUGAUGGGUGUGAAGGAGGCUUACCCGGGGGAGCUGUCAGCCAUUGCCAGGAUGGGGUCCGGCAGUGCCUGUCGGAGUCUGUACGGUGGCUUCGUCACCUGGGACAAGGGCGAGCUUCCCGACGGCACGGACAGCAUGGCGCGGCAGGUGAAGGCGGAGGACCACUGGAGCGACCUGGUCAUCAUCAUUGCGGUGGUGGAGGAGCGGGAGAAGGACAUCGGCAGCAGCGACGGCAUGAAACGAUCUGCCCAGACAUCUGCGCUGCUGCAGCUGAGAGCACAGCAUGUCGUACCAGGGCGAAUUACAGCGAUGGAAGCAGCAAUAGCAGCUCGUGACUUCCCAGCUUUCGCCCGCCUGACCUGCGCCGACAGCAACCAGUUCCAUGCCACGUGCCUCGACACCGCGCCGCCCAUCUUCUACCUCAACGCCACGUCGCGAAGAGUGAUUGGCUUCGUGGAGGAGUUCAACGCCCAGGGCGGGCAGCCGAGGGCGGCGUACACGUUCGAUGCUGGCCCCAAUGCGGUCAUGUUUGUGGAGCGGCAGAAUGCCACGGCCUUCCUCUCUGCCUUCCUGCUGCGAUUCCCCCCUCCCGCCAGCACUCCUCUCUCCAGCUUCCUCACUGGCGACACCUCCCUCGUCUCCAUGGAGGCCCUGCCACAGCCACAGGCAUCACCAUCACCACCAUCAUCAUCAGAGAUGCGAGCUGCCCCAGACGGCUCAUCCCCGCCCCUCAAGUACAUCCUGCUCACCCGCCCAGGGCCCGGCCCUCGCCUUGUGUCGCGCUCGCUGGAAGGCUCUCAGGUCAAUCCAUUGACUGGUUUCCCGCUCUAGAUGAAUAUCUCUAAUGGGAAUUAUGUGAUGAUGUGAAAUAUGUAUAAGCAGCCAUGUUCGCGUCGUGUGUUGAAGUGAUGAAACACAACAUGAUCGUGGGCAAAACGCGAUCUCGUGUGUUCCUUUCGAGAAAUGGCACAAUACAAUGUGGUUUGUGUGGCUGUUAGGAGCAACAAUUGCGAGGGGGAUGCAUAAUGCGACUUAGAAUUUGAAACAUGUAAAAAUGCUCGUGGCACUAUUC